AGACUACGAACUUGUAUUAUCCGUGAACAGACGAUCAUACGUUCGCUAAAAGAAACCCGCAGUCGUUGAAAGUAGUUGGUAAUCAAAUCAAAUCAUUAUUUUUUUGUAUGACUCAGAGUCGUUGUUUCCACAAGUAUACUUAGUGGUUUGCUGUGGGCUAUAUUUCAUUCAGGUCGUUUUAACUUUUCAAAAAGUGAACUGGUGUAACUAUUUACUUUGAAUUUUCCCUUAACAGUUGAAUUAUGAAUAUCAUCGAAGAAAUACCACAGCUGAAGUCAAUGUUAUCGCAAGCUCUUGAAAAAGUAGACAAAUGGACCACUGAAGACAAGCAGACAGGCGUGAUCAGAAAACACAUCAUUGCAGAAAUAGAGAAUGAAAAUAACCAAAGAGAAUUGCUUGAUAAGGCUUCACAGCUGAAAAAACUUCAGGCAAAGCUUGCAGGACUGAAUGGCAAAAUGAACUGUCAGCUACAUGAAAAGAACCUUAUGAUCCAAGAACUUGAGUAUGCAACACAAAGUAUCAAUAAUGAACAAGAAUCUCUUUCAGAACAAGAACAAGUUGUUGAAAAAAAGUUGAAGGAAUUCACUUAUGGAGCAGAGCUUUUCAGGGACAGACUUGGGUUGACAUUCAAGAAAACACAUGGCAACAGAUUACAGGUUGUCUUUACGUGCAUUGACCACAAAGAUCCAGACUCUCCCUUCUACUUUUAUGUGCAAGUCGAAGAUGGAAAAUACAUAAUUUCAGACUGUGAGCCUCUAGUUCCAGACCUAGACAGUCUUGUGGAAAAGCUCAACAGGACAAAUAAUCUGCGAUCUUUUAUGGUUGCUGUUCGAAAGCGUUUCAAGAAAAUGACAGAGCAAUGAAAAGAUUUUUAUUGGUUUUGCAUUAUGUGAAAUAUCUUUUUUUACAGAUGGUUUUGUCUCUUUUGCUAUUGCUUAAGUCAUUUUUUUUAAUUGUUUCUUUAGGCAUCCACUGUUAUCAUAAAAAUUGAUUGGGAAAUGAACAUUAAUAAAUAAUACAGAAUCUUGUUAUUAGCUUCAUUUUUGGAACAUUUGACUUGCAUCAUUUCACUAGUCACAUUUUGAGAACAAAACUUACUGCAUAGUUCAGAAAAUGUUAUUUUAUAUUUUAUGAAAGGGUUCAGUGACAGUUUUUUUGAGAGAUUGAGUGCUGUUAGUUAUCUCCUGUGCUUGCUCUCCUCAUCAGGUUUAUUGCAUCAUACUCAUGCAGUGAAAAUGUGUGAAGCCAUAUGGGCCCAACUGAGGGGUGCUGCCCAAAACCGGGUCCGCUGGCAAGGUGUUGUUGCGGGCUUAUACUCCUUGAGUUGUAAUAAGGAAUAGACUAAACUAACUUCACUAGUUGAUGUUGUCUUUAAAGAGGUUAUGUCGAUUAUUGUGUUAGAAAACAAUACCUUCAUGGAGUUUGUAAAGUUUUAGACGUACAAGUUUUUCCUUAGAAGUUAGGGGUAGCUGCUGAGGAGAUCACCAAGACUACAGGUAUAAAUUGUUGGGAAGAGAUUCUCUCCCCUCAUUGCUUGCUUAAAGUUAUACCGACAGUAUUCACCAAAAUGAUAGUUUAAAACCAGUGACCUGUACAAGAAAAUCAGAGCAUCUAUUCCCAGGCCGGAAAAUUUUUAAUUUCUUGUUCAAGCUGAAAAAGAGUAAAGGUUCCUAGAGAGUGAGAUGUUAAAACUAUGCUUAUCUUAGGGCUCACUUUUCUUUUUUUGUCAGGGUAAUGCCUGUCUCUCCUUCACUGCCUUUCUUUCCCUAGUCUUAGGAAUCAGGUACCUAUUUAUCCAGUUCCAUCGAAUUUGUGAUUCUUCAAAAAGUAAUAAAGUUUUGAAAAAUAUCAGCGGUCACAUCUAACACCAAGAGUAAAAGACUUUUAAAUAUGAUGGAAAAAUCUGCAAGAACUGUAAGUCUUGUAAGAUGUCUAAACAGUCUUUGCACACAUUUUGUUCAAUAUGUAUAAAUAGUAUAUGUAUAUAUUUUUUAACUUCGCUUUAUGAAUACAUCUUGAUAAGUUUUGCUAGCUCAUCUUUUUCAGCGAAAUGCUUUAAAAGUUGACUGAAAUGUGUUCUUUAAAAAAUUCUUGCAUUC